AUGGAGAGCGAGGAGGAGCAGCACAUGACCACGCUGCUCUGCAUGGGCUUCUCGGACGCCGCCGCCAUCCGCAAGGCCCUGCGCCUCGCCAAGAACGACAUCAACGAGGCCGUGGCGCUGCUCACCAACGAGCGGCCCGGCCUCCACUACGGCGGCUACGAGCCCAUGGAGAGCGGGCAGGGCCCGCCCGGCGGACACGGCUCCCCCGCCGGCGGGCAGGGCCCCCGCGGCGGCGGCGGCGACGGCGGCGGCGGCGGCAGCGGCGGCUUCGACCCGCCGCCCGCCUACCACGAAGUGGUGGAGACCGAGAAAAAUGAUGAAAACGGGAAUUGCUCUGGUGAAGGUAUUGAGUUUCCAACGACCAACUUAUAUGAAUUGGAGAGCAGAGUUUUAACAGAUCAUUGGUCCAUACCGUAUAAGCGGGAAGAGUCUUUAGGCAAGUGCCUAAUUGCAUCCACCUACCUAGCAAGACUAGGUCUUUCUGAUUCUGAUGAGAAUUGCAAGAGGUUUAUGGACAGAUGCAUGCCUGAAGCAUUUAAAAAGCUGUUGACAUCCAGUGCUGUUCACAAGUGGGGGACUGAAAUCCAUGAAGGAAUCUACAACAUGCUCAUGCUGCUAGUAGACUUGGUUGCCGAAAGAGUAAAACAAGAUCCUAUUCCUGUGGGCUUGCUUGGUGUACUUACAAUGGCAUUUAACCCUGACAAUGAAUAUCACUUCAAGAAUCGAAUGAAGGUAUGCCAGAGAAAUUGGGCAGAAGUCUUUGGGGAAGGGAACAUGCAUGCUGUCUCACCCAUAUCCACUUUUCAGAAGGAACCUCAUGGGUGGCUGGUGGAUCUGGUAAACAGGUUUGCAGAAUUGGGUGGAUUUUCAGCAAUUCAGUCAAAACUCAAUUCAGAAGAUAUUGAACUUGGGGCAAUCUCUGCGUUAGUUCAGCCAUUCGGAGUUUGUGCAGAAUAUCUCAACUCUUCUGUAGUACAGCCUAUGCUGGAUCCAGUCAUUCACAAAAUGAUUAAAUAUGUACAGAAUGUAGAAGAGAAGGACCUGAAAGAUAAGAGACUAGUCAGUAUCCCUGAGCUCUUGUCUGGUAUCAAACUGCUGUGUAUGCGUUUCCAACCUGAUUUGGUAACUGCAGUAGAUGACUUACGGCUGGACAUUCUAUUGCGCAUGUUAAAAUCUCCUCACUUCAGUGCAAAAAUGAAUUCCCUCAAAGAAGUAACCAAACUAAUAGAAGACAGUACCAUAGCAAAAUCUGUGAAGAAUGCAAUAGAUACAGACAGAUUACUAAACUGGCUAGUAGAAAAUUCUGUCCUGUCAAUUGCCCUAGAAGGUAAUAUAGACCAAGCACAAUACUGUGAUCGUAUAAAGGGAAUUAUUGAACUGCUGGGCAGUAAACUGUCUUUAGAUGAGCUCACUAAAAUUUGGAGAAUACAGUCAGGGCAAUCCUCCACUGUGAUUGAAAACAUACAUACCAUUAUUGCUGCAGCUGCUGUCAAGUUCAGCUCUGAUCAGCUGAAUCACUUAUUUGUUCUUAUCCAAAAGAGCUGGGAGACGGAAAGUGAUAGAGUGCGACAGAAGUUGUUGAGUCUGAUAGGGCGCAUUGGUCGAGAAGCUCGGGUGGAGUCAACCACUGGAAAGGUUCUGGAGGUGCUUUGGGAGCUGGCUCAUCUUCCAACAUUGCCUUGUAGCCUUAUUCAGCAGGCCUUAGAGGAACAUCUGACAAUCCUCAGUGAUGCCUAUGCAGUGAAAGAGGCAAUCAAAAGAAGCUACAUCAUCAAAUGCAUAGAGGAUAUCAAGAGGUCAUCCCAGCAUAACAAUCCUCAGUUUGUGUGGGUGGUGCCAGCUUUGCGUCAGCUCCAUGAAAUCACACGCUCGUUUAUUAAGCAAACUUACCAAAAGCAAGACAAGAGCAUUAUUCAAGACUUAAAGAAAAAUUUUGAAAUAGUGAAGUUGGUGACAGGAAGCCUAAUAUCAUGCCAUCGUUUGGCUGCAUCUGUGGCAGGUCCAGGAGGGCUCAUUGGAGCAACAUUAGUGGAUGGCAGAUACACUUACCGGGAGUAUUUGGAAGCACAUCUAAAAUUUUUAGCAUUUUUUCUGCAAGAAGCCACCCUUUAUUUGGGCUGGAAUCGUGCCAGGGAGAUCUGGGAAUGCCUUGUAACUGGCCAGGAUGUUUGUGAGUUAGACCGAGAGAUGUGCUUUGAGUGGUUUACAAAAGGACAGCAUGAUCUAGAGAGUGAUGUACAACAGCAGCUCUUCAAAGAGAAAAUUCUUAAACUGGAGUCAUAUGAAAUUACUAUGAAUGGUUUUAGUUUAUUUAAGACUUUCUUUGAAAAUGUGAAUCUGUGUGACCAUCGACUAAAGAGGCAAGGAACUCAGUUGAGUGUAGAAAAACUGGAAUUAAUAGGAAUGGAUUUCAUUUGGAAAAUAGCAAUGGAGUCACCUGAUGAAGAAAUUGCCAAUGAAGCUAUUCAAUUAAUAAUAAAUUACAGUUAUAUUAAUCUAACACCUAGAUUGAAAAAGGAUUCAGUCUCACUGCACAAGAAAUUCAUUGCUGAUUGUUACACGCGAUUAGAGGCAGCCAGUUCAGCACUCGGUGGUCCAACAUUAACACAUGCUGUUACAAGAGCUACAAAAAUGCUUACAGCAACUGCUAUGCCUACGGUAGCAACAUCAGUUCAGUCUCCUUACAGGUCAACUAAACUUGUAAUAAUUGAGAGACUGUUGCUGUUGGCAGAGCGUUAUGUGAUAACUAUAGAGGACCUUUAUUCUGUUCCUCGAACUAUUCUACCUCAUGGUGCCUCUUUCCAUGGACAUCUUUUAACACUUAAUAUUACAUAUGAGUCUACCAAAGAUACCUUCACCGUAGAGGCUCAUAGCAAUGAAACAGUAGGGAGUGUCAGGUGGAAGAUAGCAAAGAUGUUGAAUUCUCCUGUUGAUAAUAUACAGAUAUUUGCCAACGACAGCCUGCUAACUGUAAAUAAAGAUCAGAAACUGCUCCACCAGCUGGGCUUUUCUGAUGAACAAGUCCUUACAGUAAAAACAUCGGGAAGUGGCACUCCAUCAGGAAGCUCUGCAGAUUCCUCAACUAGUUCCAGCAACAGCAGCAGUGUCUUCAGUUCAUCCUAUGCAAUGGAACAGGAAAAGUCCCUCCCUGGAGUAGUCAUGGCUCUCGUGUGUAAUGUGUUUGAUAUGCUUUACCAGCUUGCCAAUCUAGAGGAGCCAAGAAUAACGCUGAGAGUAAGGAAGCUUCUACUGUUGAUUCCCACUGACCCAGCUAUUCAGGAGGCCCUUGAUCAGCUUGAUUCCCUGGGAAGGAAGAAAACGCUGCUGUCAGAAUCAACUUCUCAGUCUUCAAAAUCCCCAUCUUUGUCUUCAAAACACCAGCAUCAGCCCAGUGCUAGUUCAAUACUAGAAAGUCUUUUCAGAUCUUUCGCUCCAGGCAUGUCUACCUUCAGAGUGCUCUACAAUUUAGAAGUACUGAGCUCUAAGCUGAUGCCAACUGCAGAUGAUGAAAUGGCAAGGAACUGUGCCAAAUCUUUCUGUGAAAACUUCCUCAGAGCAGGAGGUUUGAGUUUGGUGGUGAACGUGAUGCAGAGAGAUUCCAUUCCAUCAGAAGUAGACUAUGAAACAAGACAGGGAGUCUAUUCCAUCUGCCUGCAACUUGCAAGGUUCUUGCUUGUUGGCCAGACAAUGCCUACCUUACUGGAUGAGGAUUUCAUUAAAGAUGGGGUGGAAGCGUUGUCCUCACGUCCAUUCCGUAACGUCAGCCGACAAGCAAGUAGGCAGAUGUCCAUCUGUGGAACACCAGAGAAAUCAUCCUACCGACAACUCUCUGUGUCGGAUAGAUCCUCCAUUAGAGUAGAAGAAAUCAUACCAGCGGCAAGAGUUGCCAUACAAACUAUGGAGGUGAAUGAUUUCACUUCCACAGUGGCUUGCUUCAUGCGACUCUCUUGGGCUGCUGCUGCAGGACGGCUAGACCUUGUGGGAAGUAGUCAGCCAAUAAAAGAAAGCAACACUUUAUUUCCUGCUGGGAUUCGAAAUAGACUUAGCAGCUCAGGAAGUAAUUGCAGUUCAGGAAGUGAAGGAGAACCAACAGCACUGCAUGCUGGCAUCUGUGUGAGACAGCAGUCCGUAUCCACCAAAGAUGCUCUGAUUGCUGGAGAAGCCUUGUCUCUAUUAGUUACCUGCCUUCAGCUACGUAGUCAGCAGCUAGGAUCUUUCUACAAUUUGCCUUGUGUUGCUGAUUUCAUCAUUGACAUACUGCUUGGAUCACCAAGUGCUGAGAUUCGUCGUGUUGCCUGUGAUCAGUUGUACACCCUUAGUCAGACAGACACAUCAACUCACCCAGAUGUGCAGAAACCAAACCAGUUUCUUCUGAGUGUUAUCCUCAGUGCCCAGCUGCCUCUUUGGUCACCAACCAGCAUCAUGAGAGGAAUCAACCAGAGGCUUUUGUCCCAGUGUACAGAAUAUUUUGACCUGAGAUGUCAGUUAUUGGAUGACCUCACAUCAUCAGAAAUGGAACAGCUAAAGAUAAGUCCAACUGCCAUGUUAGAAGAUGAGAUCACUUGGCUAGACAAUUUUGAACCCAAUCGCACAGCUGAGUGUGAGACCAGUGAAGCUGAUAAUAUUUUAUUAGCAGGACAUUUGAGGCUCAUCAAGACACUCCUUUCGCUUUGUGGAGCAGAGAAGGAAAUGGUUGGUUCAUCUUUGAUUAAACCAUUAUUAGAUGAUUUUCUCUUCCGAGCAUCCAGGAUUAUCCUGAAUAGCCAUUCUCCAGCAGGCAGUGCUGCCAUCAGUCAGCAAGACUUUCAUCCAAAGUGCAGUACAGCAGAUAGCAGAUUAGCUGCUUAUGAAGUGUUAGUAAUGCUGGCUGAUAGCUCACCUUCCAAUCUUCAGCUUAUUACAAAAGAACUGCUUUCUAUGCAUCAUCAGUCUGACCCUGCACUUACCAAGGAGUUUGAUUAUCUUCCACCAGUGGAUAGCCGCUCCAUUUCAGGAUUUGUGGGAUUGAAGAAUGGUGGAGCUACUUGUUACAUGAAUGCCGUCUUCCAACAGCUGUAUAUGCAACCUGGUCUCCCUGAGGCCCUGCUUUCCAUUGAUGAUGGUACGGACAAUCCAGAUGACAACGUGUUCUAUCAAGUUCAAUCUCUCUUUGGUCAUUUGAUGGAAAGCAAGUUGCAGUAUUACGUACCUGAGAACUUUUGGAAGAUUUUCAAGAUGUGGAACAAGGAACUCUAUGUUCGAGAACAACAGGAUGCUUAUGAGUUCUUCACCAGUCUUAUAGAUCAGAUGGAUGAGUACCUGAAGAAAAUAGGGAGAGACCAAAUAUUUAAGAAUACUUUUCAAGGCAUCUUCUCCGAUCAGAAGAUCUGCAAGGACUGUCCCCACAGAUACGAGCGUGAAGAAGCCUUCAUGGCUCUCAACCUAGGAGUCACUUCAUGUCAGAGUCUGGAAAUAUCAUUGGAUCAGUUUGUUAGAGGGGAAGUUCUGGAAGGAAGUAAUGCAUACUACUGUGAAAAAUGCAAAGAAAAGAGAACUACAGUGAAGCGCACAUGCAUUAAGGUUUUGCCUAGCCUAUUGGUGAUUCACCUGAUGAGAUUUGGCUUUGACUGGGAAAGUGGACGUUCUAUUAAAUACGAUGAACAAAUAAGGUUUCCCUGGAUGCUGAACAUGGAGCCUUACACUGUGUCAGGAAUGGCUCGCCAGGACUCGUCCUCGGAAGUUGGGGACAACGGUAGAAACAUGGAUCAAGGAGGUGGAGGUUCCCCAAGGAAGAAAGUGGCUCCUACAGAAAACUAUGAGCUUGUUGGUGUGAUUGUUCACAGUGGCCAGGCACACGCAGGGCACUACUACUCCUUUAUAAAGGACAGGAGGGGAUGUGGAAAAGGAAAAUGGUAUAAAUUCAAUGACACCAUUGUUGAAGAGUUUGAGUUAUCUGAUGAAACCUUGGAAUAUGAAUGUUUUGGUGGAGAGUAUAGACCUAAAGUCUAUGAUCAGUCUAACCCUUACCCUGAUGUGCGUCGGCGGUACUGGAAUGCCUAUAUGCUGUUUUACCAGAGAGUGUCUGAUCAGAACUCUCCGGUCUUACCAAAGAAAAGUCGAGUGAGUGUUGUGCGUCAAGAAGCUGAGGACCUCUCAUUAUCUGCUCCAUCUUCACCAGAAAUCUCACCCCAGUCAUCACCACGACCCCACAGGCCUAACAGUGACCGCCUCUCCAUCUUGACUAAGCUGGUUCGAAAGGGAGAAAAGAAGGGACUUUUUGUAGAGAAAAUGCCUGUACGGAUAUAUCAGAUGGUGAGAGAUGAAAACCUGAAAUUUAUGAAGAAUAGAGAUGUAUACAGUAGUGACUACUUCAGUUUUGUUCUGUCAUUAGCUUCACUGAAUGCUACUAAGGUGAAACAUCCUCAUUAUCCGUGCAUGGCAAAGGUGAGCUUACAGCUGGCAGUCCAGUUCCUCUUCCAAACCUAUCUCCGAACCAAGAAGAAACUCAGGGCUGAUACAGAAGAGUGGAUUGCCACUAUUGAUGCACUGCUGUCCAAAAGCAUUGAUGCUUGUCAGUGGUUAGUUGAGUAUUUGGUUGGGCCAGAGGGCCGAGAGCUUGUAAAGACUUUCCUUCUAGAAUGCAGUGUAAGAGAGGUGCGAGUUGCUGUAGCCACUAUUCUUGAAAAAACCCUCGACAGUGCCUUGCUUUAUCAGGAGAAGUUAAAAAGUCUACAUCAGUUAUUGGAGGUGCUACUUGCUCUGCUGGAUAAAGAUGUACCUGAAAACUGUAAAAACUGUGCUCAGUAUUUUUUGCUAUUCAACAACUUUGUACAGAAGCAGCAGGGUAUAAGGGCUUGCAGUCUUCUUCUCAGACACUCUGUUCUGCAACAUAUGGUCAACUUUCUCCUUGGCCCCAACCGGCAGAAUAAUCAGAACCGAAGAUGGAGUGCAGCACAAGCACGUGAGUUUGGAUAUCUUCACAAUACUGUAGCACUACUUGUUUUGCACUCUGAUGUCUCCUCGCAAAGAAAUAUUGCUCCUGGUCUCUUUAAGCAGCGUCCACCUCUAAGCAUCACUGCUUCAGGUCCGCUUUUGACUCUCCAUGAAGAAGUAGAAGCCUUGUUAUUCCUAUCUGAGGGAAAGCCAUACUUAAUGGAGGUGAUGUAUGCAUUACGAGAGCUAACUGGAUCUCUGUCAGUUCUCAUUGAGAUGGUGGUGUACUGCUGCUUUUGUAAUGAGCACUUUUCCUUCACUGUGCUACACUUCAUCAAGACUCAGCUGGAAACUGCUCCACCUCAUGAACUGAAAAACAUAUUCCAGUUACUCCAUGAGAUACUGGUUAUUGAAGACCCUUUACAAGUAGAGCGCAUCAAAUUUGCCUUUGAGACUGAAAAUGGAUUAAUAGCUUUGAUGCACCACAGCAACCAUGUGGACAGCAGUCGUUGUUACCAGUGUGUCAAGUUCCUUGUAACUUUAGCUCAGAAGUGCCCUACUGCAAAAGAUUAUUUCAAGGAGAAUUCUCAUCACUGGAGUUGGGCUGUGCAGUGGCUACAGAAAAAGAUGUCUGAACACUACUGGGCUCCACAGAGUAAUGUAUCUAAUGAAACAUCAACUGCAAAAACCUUUCAGCGCACUAUUUCAGCACAGGACACACUGGCCUAUGCAACAGCCCUGCUGAAUGAGAAAGAUCAGUCCGGAAGCAGUAAUGGGUCGGAAAGUAGUCCAGCCAACGAGAAUGGAGACAGACAUCUGCAGCAGGGCUCAGAGUCUCCUAUGAUGAUUGGUGAGCCUAAAAGUGACCUUGAUGAUGUUGACCCGUAGCGGAUACCUAUGAACACAAGAGCAGAUCAACUCGAAUAUUUAAUGCCUGGUACCUUUUGCAACUGGAGUCCCAUUGCUUAUGCCAUUAGAAGAGUCUGGAAGAUAAGUGGCUUUGUAAGAUUGCUGGAGGAGAUUGUUUCCCUGAAAUCUAACAGCAUUCUUCAGCCAUGAAGGCUUCAGAUCAAUAUAUGUUCUAGAAAACUGCAUCUUUAUCUGCAGUAGCUUAUGACAGUCCAGACACCGAAAAGUUUGUCAAGAAGAUUUUAUCAAGUAUACAAGCGCUAGUGGUUGAAUUUUUAUGUGAACAUUAAAUGAGUGAAUGUAAAACUGUUGCUUUUCUGUGAUGCUGCAAAAAAAAAAAUCUUUUGGUUUUUAUACAGGAAAAAAAACAGACUGCCCUUACGUAUGGAGGGCAAAUUUUUAAUCUUUCGGAUAAUACUGAAUAGGAAUAUUCAAAUUUCUGUAAAGAUGUGUGAUGACUUACAUUUCAUUGUAAAAUAUUAGUUAAAGAAUCAGUUUACAUAAAGACUUCUGUAUUUAAUAUGUCUCCCUGCAAAGCUCUUUACGAGAAGGUUCAGUAAGCUUGCUCUGUAAGGAUAGCGAUUUCUUACAGAAUGGUUUGGUCAAGAAACUCUGGAACGGGUCAUCUUUUCUGGUAACCUUCUGAAAACCACCAAAAAAUUGGGAAGAGCAAUAAAAGAAAAACUUUGUUUUCUGGGUAUGCAAGUGUUCAUGAAAGCAUGUUGGUGGAAUUGAAAAAAAAAAAGUUAAUGAGUAGUUUAAAAGAAAAAAAAAAAGCACUUUAACAUGAAAUUCUGUUGCAGUUUUACUCAUUAAAUUUUUUUGAUCUUUGGAGACAUAUUGAAUAAGAUGUAUCUCAAUCAUGUGAUCUGCAAUCACUUGCUUAUGCUUUGAAGUUACUGAGAAAGUUGGUAUUGGUUGUAUAUGAUGAAUAAUUCCUUGAGUGAAUUGGGGACACUGUUGUGCAGAUUUUAUAGCAAUUUUAACACGGUGAAAGAAAGAUUUGGCUUUGCUUGUAUUUUCACUUGACCAGGCAACAUUUAAAAUACCACAGCUCUUUUGAUUUGCUCAUAAACAACUGGAAACCAGUUGGGAUGAUUUGAGCAAUUUCGUUUUCCAUGUCAAAUGCAGUUCAGUGAUUUCUGGGUUUGGAUACUAGCUUCUUUUGUGCCAACUAACUCUUCAUAUUUUGUACAUUUUGCGUUUGUCACAUUUUCUGCACUGCUUUUGCCUUUAUUUAUGGAUUCUGCCUUACUUUAAAUUUAUAUAAAUAAACAUGCACAGAAAUGGGGGAGAUUUUAGGAGUGCCUGGGUACCUCCAGCAUAGAUAAAUUUGCCAAGUUAAAGGCACAACCAGCCAAAAAGUGCCUUUUAUUUUUUCUUUUUACACACUGUUGCUGAAACAAGAAGCGGCAGACAGCUUUUCACUGUUGUGCACUAAUAUUGAAAUUAACCAGUCAUUUCACUGUUAGAAGUAAACAUCUGAUCUGAUUUCAGCUGUACAGCUUUAUAACUUAUUGCGGGUUAAGAGAACUGUUGUCAUAAAUUGCGUGUACGAAGUAAGGGUGGCAUUGUAGUGAAUCUCACUUUUCUUUUUCCAAACAAUGUCUUCAUAGACACAUGGCAGAGUUAGCAUUUUAUAAAUGUUUCUGAUAAUGUGCUGGGACAUUUUAAAUGUGAUGUUUUAAAUUAAUUUUGAAUAACUCAUUUCUUACACAGACCCCCUUCUAUCCUCCCCCCUCCCAAAUACUUUGUAAUGGGUCAUAAAUCAUCAUAAGUAUACAGCCGGGAUGGUGAUAGAAGAAAUCUGUAAUGUUCCUAUGGGUUGGCACCAAUUGUCACUUCAGGUUCCUGUUAUUUCCUAUGGAAACAACAUUCUCAAUUACUGCAGGCCCAAAGAAGCAUUGAUGGGAGAAUUGCAUCAGGAUGGCUCAUCACCACUGUAUACUUGAAACCAAUACAAACUUUUUCAUAGUUCUGCUCAUGCUUGUACAAAGUCAAUGGUUAUAAUUUGCAAUAAGAUGAUACUUGGUCAAUUAUUUUGGUUUCCAGCUGCUGUCAUUUGAACCUGCUGAAGAUUAUUUUUUGGAAAAUAGAGUUCAACAAAACUAGUUUUUGUGUAAAUUGUGAUGCAUUUCUAUGUUGUAAUUUUUACUGCCAAUCUUUUUGGAUGAAAAUGUUUUUAUACAGCUUACAAAAUGUUCAGUGAGGAGCAGCCACAGCCUGCCUGUGAGCCUCUGGGGAGAUACUGUCCAAUUAAUAUAGACAUUUGGCACUGGAAAAAUAGGCAGUCUUGAUGAACAGUCUUGGGAUUCCUGGUCAAUGGAAUAAAGUUAUUCCUUUCACAGAAAA